UAAAAAGUAAUAAUUGUAUAUAAACUGAAAUAACACAAUUAUUGUAAAAAUACAAAAAUGUUAACUAAAUUUGAAACUAAGUCAGCUCGAGUUAAGGGUCUUUCUUUUCAUUCUAAGCGACCAUGGAUACUUGCUAGUUUACAUAAUGGAGUGAUACAAUUGUGGGAUUAUCGUAUGUGUACUUUACUUGAAAAAUUUGAUGAACAUGAUGGACCAGUAAGAGGAAUUUGUUUUCACAACCAACAACCAAUAUUUGUUUCUGGAGGAGAUGAUUAUAAAAUAAAAGUUUGGAAUUAUAAACAGCGAAGAUGUAUUUUUACACUAUUAGGACAUUUAGAUUAUAUUAGAACAACAGUCUUUCAUCAUGAAUAUCCAUGGAUAUUAAGUGCAUCUGAUGAUCAGACAAUAAGAGUUUGGAACUGGCAAAGUCGAACAUGUAUCUGUGUUUUAACUGGACAUAACCAUUAUGUAAUGUGUGCACAGUUUCAUCCUACCGAAGAUAUUAUUGUUUCAGCUUCUUUAGAUCAAACUGUAAGGGUAUGGGAUAUUUCUGGACUUAGAAAAAAAAAUGUUGCCCCUGGACCCAGUGGAUUAGAUGAUCACUUAAAAAAUCCGGGUUCAACUGAUUUAUUCGGACAAGCAGAUGCUUUAGUAAAACAUGUUUUAGAAGGUCACGAUCGAGGAGUAAAUUGGGCUUCUUUUCAUCCAACUUUACCUUUAAUUGUAUCUGGUGCUGAUGACAGACAAAUUAAAAUGUGGAGAAUGAAUGAUGCCAAAGCUUGGGAAGUUGAUACUUGUCGUGGCCAUUAUAAUAAUGUAUCUUGUGUAUUAUUUCAUCCAAGGCAAGAUAUUAUUUUAUCUAAUGCAGAAGACAAAAGUAUUCGAGUUUGGGAUAUGACAAAACGUACAUGCCUUCAUACUUUUCGCCGAGAACAUGAAAGGUUUUGGGUACUUGCAGCACAUCCAACAUUAAAUUUAUUUGCAGCCGGACAUGACUCUGGUAUGAUUAUGUUUAAAUUAGAAAGAGAAAGGCCAGCAUACACUGUUCAUGGAAAUAUAUUAUAUUAUAUUAAAGAACGUUUUCUUCGCAAACUGGACUUUAAUUCAUUAAAAGAUACUUUAGUGAUGCAAUUGAGAGGAGGCAGUAAAAUUCCAGCUUACAGUUUAUCUUAUAAUCAAGCUGAAAAUGCUAUACUUAUAUGUACAAGAUCAUCAUCAAAUAUUGAAAAUAGCACCUAUGAUUUAUAUAUUCUACCAUCUGAAGGUGACAGCAAUAGUGAACCUGAAACCAAACGAGCUUCUGGAAUUAUGGCAUUAUGGGUUGCUAGAAAUAGAUUUGCCGUUCUUGAUAGACAUGUUAAUACAUAUUCUUUAGUAAUAAAAAAUCUUAAAAAUGAAGUUUCAAAGAAAAUUCAAAUUCCCAAUUGCGAUGAAAUAUUUUAUGCUGGAACAGGAGUUAUUUUAUUACGUGAUGCCGAUCAAGUCCUAUUUUUUGAUAUUCAACAAAAAAAAAUAUUAGCUGAAAUAAAAGUGCCAAAAUGUAGAUAUGUUGUUUGGUCCUAUGAUAUGAAUUAUGUUGCAUUUCUAUCCAAACAUUCCGUUAUUAUAUAUAACCGAAGAUUUGAACAUAUGUGUUCUAUACAUGAAAAUACUAGAAUUAAAUCAGGUGCUUGGGAUGAUUUUAAUGUUUUUAUUUACACAACAAGUAAUCAUAUUAAAUAUGCAAUAAUUAAUGGCGAUCAUGGAAUAAUUCGAACAUUGGAUCUUCCUAUUUAUGUGACCAAAAUUAAAGGAGAUCAAGUAUAUUGCUUGGAUCGUGAAUGUAAAGCUCGAAUUUUGCGAAUUGAUUCAACGGAGUUUAAAUUUAAAUUAUCAUUGAUUAAUCGUAAGUAUGAAGAAGUUUUACACAUGGUACAGUCAGCUAAUCUUGUUGGACAAUCAAUAAUAGCUUAUCUACAACAAAAGGGCUAUCCUGAAGUUGCUUUACAUUUUGUAAAAGAUGAAAAAACUAGAUUUAGUUUAGCUUUAGAAUGUAGUAAUAUUGAAGUUGCUUUAGAAGCAGCACGUGUAUUAGAUCAAAAAUUUUGCUGGGAAAGUCUAGCUCAAGCUGCAUUAUUGCAAGGAAAUCAUCAAGUUGUUGAAAUGUGUUAUCAGAGAACAAAAAAUUUUGAAAAACUUGCAUUUCUGUAUUUAAUUACUGGUAAUUUAGAGAAACUUAAGAAGAUGACAAAAAUAGCAGAGAUUAGAAAAGAUUUUUCUGGUCAAUAUCAAGGUAGUUUAUUACUAGGUGAUUUUGAAGAACUUGCGAUGAUUUUAAAGAUAUCUGGUCAAAAAUCUUUGGCAUGUGUUACUAAUUAUAUUCACAAACUAAAUGUUAUAGAAGAUAAAUUACAAAAUAAUUAUGUUGACAAUCAAUGUAUAGAUAUUGAUAAAGAAGCUGUUUAUUUAUGUCCGCCAAUUCCAAUUUUCCAAACAGACAAUAACUGGCCAUUGUUAACAAUUUCUAAAGGAUUUUUCGAUUGCACAAUUUUAUCCAAAAAUAAAAGUCAAGUAAAUGCAUUAUUAGCUCCACGAGAAAAUAUUAUUACUAUCGAAGGUUGGGGAAGUGAAGAAGAUGAAAACAAUGUUAUAGAUGAAGUAAAAAAUUAUGAGUACACCAAUGAAAUUAUUGACUCUCAGAAUGAAGCAGCUGGAUGGGAUGUUGAAGAUGUUGACAUACCAAUAGAAAUACAAAACAAUAAUAUUCUAAAAUCUGAUGAAAAUUAUUUUUCAUCCCCAUCAAAAGGGAUACCAGUUACUCAUAAUUGGAUCAAUAAUUCUAGAUUAGCAGUGGAUCACAUAUUAGCUGGUUCUUAUAGUUCAGCGUUUCGUUUAUUAAAUGAACAAAUUGGAAUUUUAAAGUUUAAUAAAUAUAAAUCAUUAUUUAUGAAUAUAUAUUCAUGUUCAAGAAUAUCUAUGUCCUUAUUUCCAAACAGCCCUUCAGUAUAUUAUUUUCCUUUACGUAAUUGGAAAGAAAUUAAUGUAAAACCAUACUUUCCAGCAAUAAUUUUACAAAUUUCUGAUCUUAUAUACCAACUACAAUUAAGUUAUCAGUUAACUACAGCUGGUAAAUUUUUGGAAGCAAUUGAAAAGUUACAAAAUAUACUUCAUGCAAUUCCUUUAUUAAUUGUAGAUUCAAGACAAGAUAUUGCAGAAGCUCAACAAUUAAUCGAAAUUUGUAGAGAAUAUAUACUAGGUCUGAAAAUGGAAACAGAAAGAAAACAUCACCCGAAAACAACAUUGUCUCAACAAAAAAGAAUUUGCGAGAUGGUUGCAUAUUUUACACAUUGUAGUUUACAACCAAUUCACCAAAUUUUAACUUUACGUUCUGCAGUAAAUACAUUUUUUAAAUUUAAAAAUUAUAAAACUACACGAUCAUUUGCUAAAAGAUUAUUAGAACUUGGUCCAAGGCCUGAAGUUGCUCAACAAGUUAGGAAAAUUUUGCAAAUUUGUGAUAGUAAUCCUGUGGAUGAGCAUUUAUUAGACUAUGAUGAACACAAUCCAUUUACGUUAUGUGCUUUUUCUUAUAAACCAAUUUACAAAGGAAAUCCUGAAGUAAAAUGUCCUUUCUGUCAUGCUAGUUAUCAAGUACAAUUUAAAAAUUAUAUUUGUAAUAUUUGUGAAGUAACACAAAUUCAUAAAGACUGCAGUGGAUUAAAAAUAAGUUCUUUACCAGCACGAUGAAUGAUAUGCAAUUUAAAUAAUUUUAUAAAU